AUGUGCAACUUGACACCAACGGUUCGAGACUUCUCGGGAGCCGACAGACAGACAGCCCUGUGUCAACUUGUCAAGAGAACCAGCGAGGCGUGCCAGGGCCCAGGGGUCAUGAAGAGUUCGAGAACGAUUGGCCAAUGCACUUUUCCUCACUCUUCAGAUAUUCAGAUUGCUGAAAAGGAGCACAGAGUUCAUCCCAUCAGCCCAGCCCAGUCCAGGUUCGCCAGGCAGGCCAGGCAGGCCAGCCCAGAGUUCAGACGCAACACAUCGCACCGUGGGAAAUGCAAAGGGCUUCGAGGCGAACCGGGACGCAUCCUGUUACACCGAGGAGGAUGA